CCCAAAAAAAAACAAUUUGUGCGGCCAUUAGGCGUUGAGACCUCGGCGAAUGGCAGCCGGCGACGUCGUCCCACCUCCACCGCGCCCACGAAUCCAUUCCAUUCCAUUCUCCAUCGCCCCCCACCCAUGUCGCCUCCUCCUCCACCAUAUUACCACCACCUCCUCCUCCUCCGCUCCUCGCCCACCACCACUGGAGGAGGAGCUCGGGUUCUUGCCGCGGCGGAGCUCGCACGCAUGAAGCUACUGUGCAGCGCGUGCGAGGCGGCGGAGGCCAGCGUCCUCUGCUGCGCCGACGAGGCCGCCCUGUGCGCGCGCUGCGACCGCGACAUCCACGCCGCCAACCGCCUCGCCGGGAAGCACCUCCGCCUCCCUCUCCUCUCCCCCGCCUCCUCCUCCUCCUCCUCCGCCGCCGCCCUCGCGCCGCCGCCGCCGUCGCCGCCCAAGUGCGACAUAUGCCAGGAGAGCCACGCGUACUUCUUCUGCCUCGAGGACCGCGCGCUGCUGUGCCGGAGCUGCGACGUGGCGGUGCACACGGCCAACGCCUUCGUCUCCGCGCACCGCCGUUUCCUCCUCACCGGCGUGCAGGUCGGGCAGGAGCAGGACGAGCACUCCCCUGACCCGCCUGAGCCGUCUCCUCCUCCGCCGCCGCCGCCGCCUGCAUCCAAGAGCGACCACCCGGCGCCGCUCUACGGCGAGGGCGGAGGAGGGUUCAGCUGGGACGCCGCCGACUCGCCGGCCGCGGGCGGCCUCCCCGACUGGUCGGCCGUCGUCGACCAGUUCGGCUCCCCGCCGCCGCCGCGCCACACGGACACCGCGACCGUGACGACCCCGCCGCCGACCAAGAGGAGCCCACGCGCGCCGGCGUUCGGCGGCCAGGGCGGCAUGAUGGAUUGGCCCCUCGGCGAGUUCUUCGGCGGCUUCACCGACUUCACCGGCGGCUUUGGCUUCGGCUUCGGCGACAGUGGCACCUCCAAGGCUGACAGCGGGAAGCUGGGAGGGAGCACGGACGGCUCGCCGUACUACCGGUCGUCAUCGGAAGAUGACCGGAACGCCGACGAGCUCUUCGGGCAGGUACCAGAGAUCCAGUGGUCGGUGCCGGAGCUCCCCUCGCCGCCGACGGCCUCCGGCCUCCACUGGCAACGCCAUCCAGCCGCCACUCACGGCGGCGGCGGCGGCGGACCCGACACCACCGCCUUCGUCCCCGACAUCUGCUCCCCCGACAGCUGCUUCCCGGCCACCACCUCCAAACGCCGGAGGCAAUAAUGCUAGCUAGCUAAUAGCUAUGUCCAGAGGUUGAAGACGACGACGACGACGACGACCAGCCAUGUGAGUGUGACUGCGAUUGCUAAUAGCUCGAGACGCUGACGUGAUCGUGUGUGGUACCACCUUUCAUGGCGAUGGCGCCAACUACAAUGUUAGGUAGGAGAAGCUUUCUACUCGUCUGGUGGUUGGUUGGUUGGUUGUUGACGAUGAUGAUCUGUUGCCAUUUCCGGCGACAUCGAGGCGGAAACAGAUCUCUCUGAUUUUGAGUGCCUGACAUAUGGGUUUCAUGUCUAAUGGGUUCUUAUAUUAGCGACCCACAUUAGCAGUAUUGUAGAGAAGACUUGUUGAAAACAGCCGCAAUCAGCAUUGGCUGACAAAUACAGUUGGGGGAGAUCGAUGGAACUACAGUGUACAGUCUAUGCUCUGCAGCAUCUGAUUCUGAUCCUGAAGUCUGGAAAGAGGAAGAAGAAGAUUAGAAAGAAGAGAGGCCUCUGCUUUUUCGAUGGCCGAAACUGAGAUGCACCUCGCUAAUUGGUGGGCAGUGGACAGGAUAGGAUAGGGGCCAUGUGAUGGAUUGAUGGUGAUGCUCUACUUUGUUCAGAACAGAAGUCUCUGAAUUUUGGUUGGAUCACAGAAACUUGUAAAAGAUUCUUGCAUGUGUACAGAAGUUUUAUACUACAGUAGUUAGAUAGAAACAUGGAUGGAUCCGUGAGAAAAGAAAAAUGCUGGUAAUGUUGUAUUGUACUAGUAAAAGAAAAUGUUAUAUGUUUUUAACUCGGCUGAUUCAUUCU